AUGCACCUCAGAGCUGCCUUUCUCGCACUAUGCUGGGCCGGUGUCCCAGCCCUUGCGGGACAAGGUGAAAGCCAUAAUGCUGCUGAUAGCUUCGAUGAGUACUGUUUCUAUUCCAUCUACACAGCCCUUUCAGAUUAUGCAUUUGCUGGGAGUACAAUUUUGGCGUCUUCUCAAGACAGUCAGGGUGGAACUAGUCAUGGAGGCUCCGAUACCUCUGGUGAUGGGCAAUCCUCUUCAUCGAUGGGGCAAACCUCGUCGAGUAACCAAUCUGCUUCUAGCACACAGUCCUCCGCUGCAAGUGAACCGUCACAUGGUAAGAGAUCCCUGCGCCGCCGAGGACACAAGGGCAGCUCAGGAACCUCAACUGGGCCAUGCAAUAGCACCAUUGAAGUCACUUCGAUGUAUGCAAGUGCAAAAGCAUGGUGCACUAAGGCUGAACUCAAGGCUACUAUUCCAUACUGGGAGAGUCUCUGUGAACAAAAUAGUCUGACCCUCAUGGACUUGUCCGAGGUUGAAGCCAACGUUACCGACACGUAUCUUGCGUCUCUACCCACUAUCGACCCGGAAAUGAAUAGCACCUCAACGACUGCCACCAUUGAAUCGCCAGUUCUACUGAGUCACUCCUACUAUAAAAGGGCUCACAAGUCAUACGUGACCCAUGACUUUGCUUUGGACAAGGACAAGCGGUUCGGCUGGGGUCUGAUGGGAUACUGGGGAGGCAUACUGGUCCUAGGCAUGAUGGCCAAACUGAUGGGUUCAGUUUCUAGCCAACGACGGGCGCCCAGCUGCCGAGAUGCAGAGCCCAAUAUAGCCUUGCAAAGCAUGCAUCGGAAACAAACUAAGCCUAAGGCUAUGACAUCUGUGUUGCAUUACCUGCGGACUUACUUCGUCGUCCCCGCUAGUUUCGCUCCAAUUUUGCCCCAUCACCAACAGCUUUAUUAUUGGCACACUGUUCCACGCCGCCUGGACCUCCUGAUUGUUUUGGGAUUUUGGGCCCUUUGCAUUAUCCUUGCCUGCGUUGACUAUCAGAGCUUCUCCGGGAACAUUGAGAUGUCAAGCGUGUUCCAGCAGAACUGGCAAUACUCAUCCGACCGUACGGGUAUUCUGUCGUAUGCUUGUCUUCCCUUUCUGUGGCUAUUUGCCGGGCGUAACAAUAUCUUUCUUUGGGCGACAAACUUCAGCGUACAGUCGUUCAAUAUCUUCCAUCGUCAUGUGGCGUGGGCCUGUACUAUCCUUGCGAUCGUUCAUUCUAUCAACUAUAGCGUUGUGUUUGCAUACUAUGAUGGCAGAUUCCAAAGUGUCUGGCUGCAAGAGUACUGGUAUAUGGGAGUAGUGGCCACUAUUCUCAUGUCUUUUAUGCUCGUUCAAUCGCUGACUAUGCUGAGGCGUAUUGGCUAUGAGACAUUCCUCAUCAUCCAUAUCGUUUUCGCAAUUGUGGUUGUGUAUGCUCUCUUCCGUCAUACCAGCUUCGACGGCACCAAGUGGAAUGGCUAUCUGUGGCCAAUGGUGGCGAUCUGGGGCUUUGAUCGUACUGUUCGCCUGGUCCGUAUAGCCUACUGCAACUUCAAUGUCCGGUUUGGCAAACAAUUCGUGUCUACCACCCAGUCCACGGUACACUACUGCGAGGAUAGCGAUCUUAUCAAAGUUGAACUAUGGCCUGCAUCAACGACACUUACCCCACAGCCUGGGCAGCAUUAUUACCUCUACCAACCCGUUUCUCUCAAAGGCUGGGAAAACCACCCAUUCACUCUGGGCGCCUAUGUACCAACGCAAGACAAAAACCCUGAACAAGGGAAUAAGUUAAUCUUCUACAUCCGUCCUUACGAUGGAUGGACGAGGCGUCUUCGUGACCUUUGCCGCAAAUCCCAGAUGAACAUUCAUCUCCCAUUAUUGCUCGAAGGCCCUUACGGAUCUAGGGCCGCUCUUCACACAUGUGAGUCCAUUCUGAUGAUUGUUGGCGGUACCGGUAUUGCUGCCGCAGUGCCAUAUAUCAUUGAACACGUCUCGCGUGCGAAAGAAGGAAAGACAAGAACGGUACGGGUCCAACUAGUUUGGUCUGCUCGGAGCACAGAGAUGUACUCUCAAGUCUUCUCUGACGAGUUAAGCACCCUCCUACAUCAUCAGGACAUUACCACGACCUACUUCUGUACCAACAAGUCAUCAUUGGACCCCGAAAUGAAAACUGGAAGUGGUAGCGAUGUGCCCGGUGAAAGCCCAGUAAGCUCCACGUUGGGUGACAAGGAAGGAAAUGUGACUUCGUCGGUACGGAACGGAACCGUGCAGUUUCUCUCUGGCCGUCCUGAUGUGGGUGGUAUCAUCAAAGCGGAGGCGCAAGAAGCCAAGGUCAGUUCUGGCCGAUUAGCAGUGCUCACUUGUGGUCCAGCCCAGAUGGCGGAUGACUGUCGACAAACGGUGUAUGAGGUAAUGAAAGAUGGAUUCCAAGACAUUGAGUACCAUGAAGAGGCCUUCGGAUGGUAA